GAAGUGGUUAGGGUUCGGUGGCCUACCAAACGUUGGUGCAGGUUCUGGCACUUGGGAAACAAACAAUAAGCUACAGUCUGGUGCUUCUAGACCGGUUGGGCUGGGAAACUUAACGGAUCGGUUUAAAUUUGCACCGCAGUGUAACACCUCAGUCGUUAAUAGUGCCUCGACCGUUUUGUGAACAAAUUAGCGAAAAUGGCCACCAGCUGCUUCGGUUGCAAGGAGGAGAUCAAGGACAAGAUGCUGGAGGCGCUCGGCAAGAGCUGGCAUCCGGAGCAUUUCACCUGCAAGGAGUGCAAGAAGCGCAUCGCCGAGAACAAGUUCCACGAGAGUGAAGGACUGCCGGUGUGCGGCAAGUGCUUCGAGUCCAAGAUACAGGCCAUCUGCGCCGCGUGCCGCAAGCUGGUUACCGAGAAAGUGGUGAAGGCGAUGGGCAAAACGUGGCACCAGGACCACUUCAUCUGCGGUGGCCCCUGCAAGCAGCAGCUGUCCGGAAAGACGUUCUUCGAGCGCAACGGUAAGCCGUACUGCACCGCCGACUACGAGCGCCUGUACGCACCGAAGUGCGCCGGCUGCAAGAAGCCCAUCGCGGAGAAGGCCCUGUCGGCGCUGGAGGGCAAAUGGCACAAGGAGUGCUUCAAGUGCAAGCUCUGCAAAGAACCGAUCGGAGUGGACGCCAAAUUCCGGGCCGACAAGGAUAAGCAACCGAUGUGCGAAAAGUGUGGCAUCUAAGCGGAACGGGGACUGCUCGCAUCCCGACCAACUAAUGUAUACUCUCUAAGUGUUUGUUACCCAGUUGUUUCGAUCAUUUGUAUCCUAUCCUCCAUUUGCCAGAUGUGUAUGUAUUUAAAAUAAUCACUCUCCAUCGUGACGGGAGAGUUCACCGGCACCAUCACGUUUGUUAAGAAAUAAAGUGUGCUA